AUUAUAUUAUAUAUAGAGCGAGAGAAGAGACAGAGGAAACAAACUUGUACAACAAUAUAAUAUCAUGGGAAGCCAAGAUGUGAAGUUGGUAGGCUUUUGGGUGAGUCCAUUUGUUAAGAGGGUUGAGUGGGCCUUGAAGCUCAAGGGUGUAAAUUAUGAGUAUGUAGAAGAAGAUAUCUUCAACAAAACUCCUCUCCUUUUGGAAUUGAACCCGGUUCACAAGAAGGUUCCGGUUCUUGUUCAUGCUCAGAAACCAAUUGCAGAGUCAUUCAUUAUCCUUGAGUACAUUGAUGAAACAUGGAAGCAAUCUCCACUUUUGCCUCAACAUCCAUAUGAAAGAGCUCUUGCUCGUUUUUGGGCUGAUUUUGCUGAACAAAAGCUUUUGAAUGCAGCAUGGAUAGCAAUGUGUAACAGUGGAGAAGAACAGGAAAAGGCUUUGAAGGUAGCUAGAGAAGCAAUAGAGAAGAUAGAAGAGGAGAUAAAGGGGAAGAAAUUCUUUGGAGGGGACAAUAUUGGGUACCUUGAUCUUGCUCUUGGAUGGAUUUCUUACUGGCUUCCUGUGUUUGAGGAAGUUGGGUCUAUGCAGAUAAUAGACCCAUUGAAAUGUUCAGCCAUCACUGCAUGGAUGACCAAUUUUCUAAACCAGCCUGUGAUCAACGACAGCUUGCCCCCAAGAGACAAGAUGCUUGUUUACUUCCAAUCUCGCAGAGAGGCAUUUCAUGGCUUGUUCAAGAUUUAGAUAUCUUUUUCACUAUGUGUGUCUUAAUGUGAUGUGACUGAUAAUAAGUUCACAUAUAUUGAUUAAAUAAACCAAAGCUUGUUCAACCUUUUGAAGUAGCGUACGUUUGUAUUUGUGAUGUACUCUUGUUAUUCCACUACGUUUGUAUUUGUGAUGUACUGUUAUUAUUCAAUUACAACCCUGAAAUCACUUCAAGUUGCACAA